AUGGCAUGUGUGGCAUCGUCCCCUGUUCGUGGCCUUGAGAAAGGACCACCUCACCUGCAUGCAGGGGUGUUGUGCAUGGCAGCGGCGGCACAGAGUGCAUGCGGUGCAGCUUCAAGAGCCCCUUUGCCCUCUUUCCCGCCACAGCCCGGGAGCUACUCGCUGCCGCUGUGUCAGCGCAGGCCACCCGCCCGCAAGGGCACCCCGGGACCCACCGGGCAGCCGAUGUGGGAGGAGGACGUGCGGUACCUGGAGAGGCAGCUGGGGAGCCUGCGGGUGAUGCAAGAGGCCCAGCCAGGGUGGCUGGAGGAGGAGCUGCCACCGCUCCCAGUGCUGUCCGCUGACCCCUUGCCCCAGUGCUUUGCCCUCGCCCGCAAGGAACCACCUGCCCGAGGCAGCCAGCCCUGCACACUGCCGAGGAGCCCGGCUACGCUGCCAGCCACCCUGGGAGUCCAGGAGGGCCGGGAGGCUGUGGGGACGGUGGGCAGCCCUCGCACCCACCACGAUGCCCGACGUGAGAUCCUGGGCUGUGGCGUGUCUGUCCGCAACCUCAAGGCCAACUAUGAGGGGCCAGGAGGAUCCCCCACGCCCCUCUCCAGGGUCACCAAACGCAAGCGGGCACAAACCCCUGGCAAUGCCCGCCAGCCUGUCCUGGAAGAGGAGUAUGGGGAUGGGGCACCACAGCGCAGCCGACUGGCACAGCCAGAAUCAAGCAACCUGCAAGAGCGUGCAGAGGCACACAAGGAACGCGCUGUCUGCCUCUUCCUGGACUACUGGAAGAAGCGGGCACAGGCACUGGUGCCCGAGGUGGAGCGGUCACGGCAGCUGGGAAGGCAGCGGCCAGCGGCGAGGCAGCUGCUGGCUCGCUGGAGGAGCAUCGCCCGCCGGGUGCCAGGGCGGCAGAUCCGGCGACUGAGCCGUGCCACGGUGCUAUACUGGCCCCAGCACUUCCUGCCCCACGUCGGCGGCUCGCCCAUGCCCCACGACAGCCUCCCGCUCGACCUCUUCAUGCUGGGCUACUUCCAGCUCCUGGAGAUGCCACUCAGCACCGAGGAACGACGCUUCCGCCACCUCCUUUGCUACGAGAUGUUCGACCGACUGGGCAGACACAGCUGGCACCGCGUCCGCCGUUUCCAUCGUGCUGCUCUAGAGAGGGUGGAGGCUGGCCACUGCCACUGGCUCGAUGGCUUUGAGGACCUUGUGCAGGAGUUUUUCGGGGACAGCCCCACUGCAGUGGCAGACAGCUCGCAAGAGUCCUUUCCCACAGCGGCAGAAAGCGAGGGGGCGGCAGUGCCUGUGCCGGUGCCAGUGCUGGAGCUGGGCGAGUUCAGCGAGGAGGACGUCUGCCGCUUCAUUGACCGCAGCUUCUCCUUCUGGAAGGAGAAGGAGGUGGAGAUGUCCGACACCUGAGCCCGGCAGGGUGCUGCAGGCUGUGCCAGCAGUGCGGUGCGGGGUUGGCUGGGAGCAGGCUCUGAGGGCAGCCGGGAACAGCAGGACCCGGCGCCCAGGUGUGCCCAGCCGCCGCUGUGGCUCUGGUAGUGCCGUGGCUCUGCUCGGUGAGGGUUCGGUGUUGGUUCGCGUGGCCGCAGGCCGAGGUUGCAGUGUGCCGCUUGCUGUGGCUGUGUGUUGUGCGGGGGGUGUAGCACCAGGGCUGUGCUCCCCUCCGGUGUGGCGUUUGCGGUGCCGGGGCAGCGUGGGCUCCCGCGUGUCGUUGCAAUAAA